GUGUGUGGUAGGAGGGGAGAGGGGAGUCGGGUCAAAGCUAUAAAUUGUUUUCAAAUCCCAAUGAGUAUGUGUGCCAGACAGAAAAGGGGACACACACACACACAAUGAGAAAGUGAGUAGCCGGAGAAGAGGAAGAAAUACUCAGUACUGCACGUGUUUUGGACUACCAUGUGAUAUGGGAGACACUUAACAAAGUUUUUAAGGAAACGGAUCUUUAAUUUCGGCUUGCUGAAAAAAAAAACUUUCAAAAGAAAGAGUGCAAAGAAGAGAAGAAGAAGAAGAAGAAGAAGAAGAGAUGAAGGACUCAGUAGAACUUGAGGUCUCUCAGCGGAGGGGAGGCGGUGUAACUCGACACAAAGCUUGGCUAAAGAAUGAACUUGUUCGCGUGGGACUCGCUGAAUCCUUUUGCACAUAUGUCAUGAUGGUUUUUGGCCUGGGGUCCGUGGCCCAGGUAGUGACCGGACAGGGAGCAUUCGGACAGUACAUCAGCAUCAACCUGGGCUUUGGACUGGGAGUUGCCAUGGGGGUUCAUGUCGGAGGGAAAGUCUCGGGGGCUCAUAUGAACGGAGCAGUGUCAUUCACGAUGUGCGUGUUUGGACGCCUUGCGUGGAAGAUGCUGCCCCUGUAUGUUUUCGCGCAGCUGUUGGGCUCAUUUCUGGCAGCAGGGACAAUUUAUGGCGUCUACUACGAGGCCAUUUAUGACUACUGUGGGGGGAACUUGACAGUAACUGGCGCAAGGGCCACAGCUGGCAUCUUUGCCACCUACCCUGCACCGUACCUCUCCUUGAUGGCUGGAUUCGUUGACCAGGUGUUUGGCACAGGGAUGCUGCUGCUGUGCCUGAUGGCGCUGUCUGACCAGAAGAACAAACCGGCCGCGGCGGGCAGCGAGCCUGUCGCCGUAGGCCUCCUGGUGCUACUCAUUGGCAUUUCUCUGGGCAGCAACAGCGGCUACGCUAUCAACCCAACCAGAGACAUUGCACCCAGGGUGUUCACCGCCAUAGCAGGCUGGGGAGCUGAUGUUUUCAGGUGUGGAAACGGGUGGUGGUGGGUGCCUCUCGUCGCCCCUCCUAUUGGAGGAGUGCUAGGAGCAGGGUUAUACAAGGUCUUCGUGGAGCUCCACCACCCACCCCUCUCGGAACAAGGUGGGGAGCCGGUGGAGGAGGAGUCCUUGCCUCUGGAGAAAGAGCAAAACAUCUCUUCCAAUGUAUGUGUGUGACAGCCCCCGACUCUGCAAACAGCCCAGCGCACGUAGAGCUGUGUGGACAUUUGUUGGAACAUUCCACGGUGACGAAAAAGACCGAAACUCAUUGAUCGGACAGGGACAGAUGCACCUUUACAACAGGGGAGACGGACUCACACAGGGGUUUUACAUCUAAAAUGGUCAGGCUACGCCAUUCACUUCACAUUAAUUUCAUUCAGACUGAGUGACGGAUUUGAAGCGCGACGAGAUCUGAAACUAAACUGGAGCCAUUUCAUGAAUGAAAGAUGAACAAAAAACACUCUUGCCGGCUUAAACGUUGUGUUUAUAGUGCAGAGGCGAUAGCAGAUGAUGCAACGUUAACAUUCGUCGUGACAAUCAACAGGAGACAACUUAAGGCAGUGGUUCCCAGUGCUUUUCUUUAAGGCCCCCCUAUUGUAAAUAAGAAUAUUUUGGGGGUUUUGGGGAUCAUUCCCCUUAUCCCUUUUUUAACAUAUCUGACUAAACAGUCUUUGCUGUUUGGCAUCUUUCUCGUACCUUGUCAUUAAGCUGUUCCUCUUGUCCUCUGACAGAUUGCAUUGUUUGAUAGAGGAGUUGCUUUAAGUCUGUUAAAUCAACGAUGACUGAGACCAAAUCAACAGCAGAGGGAUGUACUCAAUCCUCCACCGUAGUGUGUGGGUUUUACACCGAGCAACCCCACAUUCCACGUUAUAUGCGGCAAGUUGAGCAUUUGAAGACACAGAUGCUGCUUUUACAAAGAACUUUUUUUGUGCACAACAGUCUGUUGGCUUGUCCUUAUGGUCUGGAUGUGCUGUCUCUUUGUGGCUUUUUUAACUUGUCCAGCUUUACUGUCAACAGCUAAUAUUUGUAGACACGUAACACACUGUUGUCUCUCCUUGUUAACCUCUGUUGUACUGGUGAAACCGAGGGCGAUAUAUGCCUAGUCAUAUUUUCUUGCCUUCAGAAGUUGUGUAUUAAGUUGAUGGAAGACUCAUCCUCUGCUAUAUGUUUAGCUGAGAACCCUCUCACAAACCUCUCCGUAUAUAUAUAUGUAGAUAUGCUCGCAGUGCUCGAGUAAACCUCAUUUAACGGCCUCUCCGCAACCCGUACUCCCCCACCAUCCUCCCCUCCACACAAAAGCUCCCACUUUGGGAAUCACUGGCUUAAGGUGAUAUUAAAAACUUCAGGUUGUCUAAAUAUUGUACAUUUAAAAGAAGCAUUUGUCUUUUCAAAACAGUGAAGCGUUGGCUCCUCACAGCUUCAAAGAGCAGCAGCACAAUCAAAGACAAUUGUCGUUUCACCAAUCAGGUGGACAACAACCUAAGGGCAAAACAUUAAUUUGUGUCUUCUCCAGCUCCAGAAAGCUUGGACCAAAAACUUAAUCCUUCAGGUUUCAUCGGGUGGGACACCACUUGCGACACCUAGAGCAGUGGAUAGAUAAAGACGAAUAAAGAUGCUAUGCUAGGUCUUCCUCACACCAAGUCUUCAAUACCGGGCAUUAUAUCGUAAUAUAUAAGAGAAGUGGUCCUACACUCUAACAAAUGUUUCCAUACUUGUGAAAUUUACAUUAGUUACGUGUGAAACACUGCACUGACACAACGUUUGUGUUUGCAUACGCACUUAAGCUAGGUAAUGCUUGAUAAUGUUUGUUACAGAAGCUCAGCGACCUCUGAUGAGCACAUACAGCAGUUCUUCUAAUACUUUCAAUGAAACGUGCAAGUUCUUUUAAGCCCAUUUAGUUUCACACUACUUACAACUCCAGUCAUUUAGGCUAAAACCUUCACAGUAUUACUUCCUGUCUGCUUAUUGUGCUAAAGUUUAGCUGUUGCUCAGACAUAUACCCACUUGCAAACUUCCCUUUUAAUUGUAUAUAGUUCAUAUAAUCCCAUGUUAAAUAAUGCAUUCAAAAAAAAAAAAAAUUACAAGCACAUGAAAAAUAAUUGCAGUCACAAACAGAUGUCUUCUUUUUUGAAAUGCCAUUAUAUUAUUAUAUAUUAUAUUAUUUGUGUUUUACGACAGCAGCACAAUUACAUUAUAGGACUUGGCUGUUUUAAAUUAUUUUAACCAGGAGGUGUCACUAGUGAAGAGUGCAUCAAAUGACUGAAGGUACUUGAUCUGUAGCUGUUCAUUAAAUUAAUGCUUACUCUAUAUAGCCCAAAAAAAAAAAAAAAUAAAUAAAAUUGCUGUAUUAUCAGUAUUGGCAAACCGAUCAAAUAAUAUUUAACCUGAGUGGGUGGUGGUGGUGGCGGUUCCAUUAUGAUCUCAAAAUGUAAUCAAUGCUGGAAAUAUAGCGUACAUUUCACA